AUGUCGGAUGCUACUUCUGAAAGUCAAAGUGGAUUACGAGAUAGGCCUGAUCGACCUUCUAAAUGUACUUGGGCGUUAGACACGACUGCCAAUUCGCCGCAUCAUCAUCAAGUUCGGAAAAUCAAUGACAAAGUCAGACAAACAGCAUUGGAUAACAUAGGCUUUACACCUGUUGUUCGAUUAAAUAAAAUUGAAAAGAAAUUUGGCUUAAAAUGUAGACUAUUGGCAAAGUGCGAAUUUAUGAAUGCUGGCGGUUCUGUCAAGGAUCGCAUUGCUUUGCGUAUGGUAGAAGAAGCAGAAAGAGAAGGAAAAAUUAAACCAGGGUAUACAUUGAUCGAGCCAACUUCGGGAAAUACUGGCAUUGGUUUAGCCCUCGUUGCGGCGGUUAAAGGCUACCGAUGUAUUAUUGUUAUGCCAGAAAAAAUGAGCGCAGAAAAGGUUUUGACGCUAAGGGCUUUAGGAGCUGAAAUCGUCCGAACUCCAACUAAUGCUAGCUUCGAUUCGCCAGAAUCGCAUAUUGCGGUCGCUGAAAGAUUACAGAAAGAAACUAAAAAUGCUAUAAUUUUAAAUCAGUACGUCAAUGCCGGCAAUCCAUUGGCACACUACGAUACUACUGCCGAAGAACUAUUGUAUCAAUGCGAUAGUAAAAUUGAUGUUUUGGUUGCUGGGGCCGGAACUGGUGGAACUGUUAGCGGUAUCGGUCGGAAAUUAAAGGAAAAGAUUAAAAAUGUCAAGAUUAUCGGAGUGGAUCCAUUAGGAUCGAUCCUUGCUCAACCGAAAGAAUUGAACGUUGAUUCCUCAGGAUAUCAUGUGGAAGGCAUUGGAUACGACUUCAUUCCAACAGUUAUAGACCGAAAUGUUGUGGAUCAGUGGUACAAGUGUAAUGACAAAGAUUCAUUCGAAUAUGCAAGAUAUCUCAUUCGAGAGGAGGGUUUACUGUGUGGCGGUUCUAGUGGUAGUGCUCUCUCGAUAGCGUUGCAGACUGCCAAAGACUUAAAUGAAAAUCAAACUUGCGUAGUCAUCCUCCCGGACUCCAUUCGUAAUUACAUGACCAAAUUCGUUAACGAUGAUUGGAUGAUAGAGAACGGAUUUAUGGAAGACCCGGCUGUCGCUGUUGGUUUAAAACAUUGGUGGUGGAAUUUACCAGUCAGCAGACUCGAUAUCUCUACCCCUUUAGUUAUUACACCUACUGUAACCAUUGGUGAGGUUGUUGAAAUCAUGAAAAGAGAAUUAUUCAACCAAUUGCCUAUCGUUGAUGAAUCAGGUGUCCCUGUUGGCGUUGUAACACUUGGCAGUAUUGUAGCCUGGUUACUGGCAGGAAGAGCUAAUAAUACUGAUCCAAUUUCCGUUAUGGCAUACAAAAGAUUUAAUACGAUUACCCUAAAGAGAACGUUAGGAGAACUUUCCCGCAUUCUCGAGCGUGAUCACUUUGCUUUGAUUGUCCACAAUCAAAAACAUUGUAAGGAUACGGUUACAGAAAGACAAUCUGUAUAUGGAAUAGUUACUAGCAUCGACCUUGCUCAAUUCUUGACUUCAUCCGAAAGUGCCAAAGUUGCCUCGGAAUCGUAA